AUGGCGGCCGAUAUGAGCGGCGAGCAGAUGCAGGCCAAAAUCACCGCGGCCAGACGCGAGGCCGAGGGCUUGAAGGACAAAAUCAAGCGCAGGAAAGAUGAGCUCGCUGACACAACCCUACAGCAAGUGGCUGUGAAUAAUACCGACGCUCUUCCCCGCAUUGGUAUGCGCCCGCGACGCACAUUAAAAGGCCAUUUGGCCAAGAUCUACGCCAUGCACUGGUCGACCGACCGCCGACAUCUCGUUUCGGCUUCGCAAGACGGAAAGCUCAUCAUCUGGGAUGCCUACACCACCAACAAAGUCCACGCGAUCCCCCUGCGUUCGUCGUGGGUCAUGACCUGCGCAUACGCCCCCAGCGGUAACUACGUUGCUUGCGGUGGUCUCGACAACAUUUGUUCCAUUUAUAACCUCUCUGCCCGAGAAGGUCCUACUCGCGUGGCGCGCGAACUCUCUGGGCAUUCGGGUUAUCUUUCUUGCUGCCGAUUUAUUAACGACCGUCGCAUCAUCACUUCGUCCGGAGAUAUGACCUGUAUGCUCUGGGACAUCGAGUCCGGUUCCAAGGUGACCGAGUUUGCCGACCACCUCGGCGACGUCAUGUCCAUUAGCAUCAACCCGACCAACCAGAACGUCUUUGUGUCUGGUGCCUGCGAUGCAUUUGCCAAGCUUUGGGAUAUCCGUACUGGCAAGGCCGUGCAGACGUUUGCCGGCCACGAGUCCGACAUUAACGCCAUCCAAUUCUUCCCCGACGGCAACGCCUUUGGUACCGGCUCAGACGAUACCUCGUGUCGCUUAUUCGAUAUUCGCGCUGACCGCGAACUGAACACUUACCAGAGCGACCAAGUUCUCUGUGGAAUCACCUCGGUCGCAUUCUCCGUUUCUGGACGACUCUUGUUUGCAGGUUACGACGACUUUGAAUGCAAGGUUUGGGACGUUCUUCGUGGUGACAAGGUCGGAUCUUUGAGCGGUCACGAAAACCGGGUCAGCUGCCUGGGUGUCAGUAAUGACGGUAUCAGUUUGUGUACUGGCUCAUGGGAUUCUUUGCUCAAGGUCUGGGCCUGGUAA